AUGGCACCCCUCUCUGCUCUCCUCAACCUACUCAGCCAAAUACCCAGCGUUGGCAAGUAUCUCCUCAUCCUCCUUAUCGCUCUCAACGCGCACUCGCUUCCGCUCGUAUGGCACUUCCGGUUCUGGUGGCGCCUGGGCCCCAGAUAUCUUCUCGUCUGGACGCGCGGUCGACAAGCGUACAUCGAUAAAUGCCAGAAACGCAUUCGCGCAACAGGAGGUAUCACCGCCCGAACGGUAUCCAAGCGCAGGGCUUGGUUUGAUGAUUGCGACUACAACAUGCACCUCAGCAACUCGUGCUACGCCAAGACUGCCGAUAUCUCCAUGUCUAGCUGGAUGUGGGACGCCCUGCCCAUCUUCUUCGAAGCGGGCGGGUACUCGGCGCUCGGCGGGACGCACUACACGUUCAUCAGGGAGAUACCGAUCCUCAGCGAGUAUACCAUCGAGUCGCGAGUUGUAGGAUGGGGCGAGAAGUGGUACUACCUCGUGACGGAGUUUAUUAUCCGUCCCAAGAAGUCCUCGAAGAAGGUCCGGGCAAAGACAGCCGACUCGCAGACCCCCGGCGCUGUCACGCCCGCCCCUCCCGCCCAGACUGACUCCCCCUCGUCCGGCUCGACUACCCCCACCGAGCUGGUCCUCCCCGGUACAGACACGACCGACCCGGCCAAACGGUCCGCGUCGCCCUCUUCCCCUCCAUCUUCCGACCUCGCAGCCGAGGCACUCGCUGCCCUGCGCUCGCCCCGACCCAGAGCGGACGGAGGUGUCAUCGCUGGUAUAGCGGUUCAUGAGCUCUGCUUUAAGAUUGGCAGAAUAACAGUCCCUCCCCGUAUCGCCUUGUACCUUGCUGGUCACUCUGCAUCCCCCGCAGCACGCGCAGCGUCCUUCAAGUUGGGUUCCAACAAGAGGGCCGCCGCCGCGUGGGUCGCAGGCGGAUGGAAGGCCGAACCCAAUGCCGCCGAGAUUGGUCGGGACAUCUUGCCCGCGGUCGCUGGCUCUAAGCCUACUGCGGCGGAGAAGAAGUUCGGACUGAUGGCGGACGCGGAGCGUCUGCGGCUGGUAAGCGCGCAGAUCGAGACGGCGGUGAAGGGUAUGGAGGGCGUCAGCGUCGGACUUGGCGAGACGGUCCGGCUAUAG